UCAAACAAACUUUAAAGAAAUUUACAAGUUGCAGGCAGGAACGAUGGCUUCUUCUCUUGAGCAGCUAAAGAAAUUCACCACCGUCGUCGCUGAUACAGGCGAUUUCGAAUCCAUUUCUAAGUACAAACCUACUGAUGCGACAACAAAUCCAUCACUGCUCUUGGCUGCGUCCAAAAUGCCUCAGUAUAAACACUUGAUUGAAAAAGCAGUUCAGUAUGGAAAAGCAAACGGAAGCACUCUGGAAGAGCAAGUAACUGAAGCAAUGGAUAAAAUAUUUGUUCUUUUUGGUGUUGAGAUACUGAAGCUAGUACCAGGCAGAGUUUCAACAGAGGUUGAUGCCAGGUUAUCCUUUGAUGUUGAAGGCUCAAUUGAGAAAGCAAAAAAGUUCAUAAAGCUUUAUGAAGAGGCAGGAAUCAGUAAAGAGAGAAUCCUCAUUAAACUUAGCACAACUUGGGAAGGAGUUGAAGCUGCAAGGAAGCUCGAGCAAGAGGGUAUCCAUUGCAACAUGACCCUUCUUUUCUCAUUUGCUCAGGCAGUAGCAUGUGCUGAAGCGAAUGUUACCCUGAUAUCACCAUUUGUUGGUCGCAUUCUGGAUUGGUAUGUCAAGAACACAGACCAGAAGGAAUUUCAACCUGCAGAUGAUCCAGGUGUGAAGAGUGUGACAGCAAUUUACAAUUACUACAAGAAGUUUGAUUACAAAACUGUUGUCAUGGGAGCAUCAUUCAGAAACACAGGGCAGAUCACUGAACUAGCUGGUUGUGAUUUACUCACUAUCAGUCCCUCAUUGCUAGAAAAACUUUCCAAUUCCACUGAAACAAUUUCCCAGAAGCUUUCAGUCGAGGAAGCCAAAAAACUCGACAUUGACAAAGUCUCCCUAGACGAGAAGAAAUUCCGCUGGCUUCUCAACGAGGAUGCUAUGGCAACAGAAAAGUUGGCUGAGGGAAUCAGGAAGUUUGCUGUAGAUGCUGUGAAACUUGAGGAUAUGAUCAAGAGUGAACUCCAGAAAUAAGCUUUCCAUAGCGGGUAGUCCUAUAUACGCCACCAGGACAUUUUGAAAACAUGGCUUUAUGACCGGAACUUAAUGGUCCUUAACAUGAAAAGAAUGCUAAAAGAUACGAUAACGGGUAUUUAAAUCAGACAUGCGUCUUGCAGUAGAUACAUGAAGUUAAUCAAUUUAGUGGUAUAUUCGUGGCUGUAAUACCUUACUAAAUAAUAGCUGUUGCCUCUUAUGAAGAUUGGGGCUGUACAUCUAGGUUAGAUUUUUUUCUUCAAACUAACAAGCAGGCAGUCGAUCAUUAUAGAAUACUUUUUAGAAGA